UACAAAUGUAAUCAAUGUGGUAAAGCCUUUGCAAAAAGCAGUCAGCUCAUACGGCAUAAAAGAACACAUACUGGAGAGAAACCUUAUGAAUGUAACCAGUGUGGUAAAGCCUUUGCACAAAACAGUCAUCUCAUAAGCCAUAAAAGAACACACACUGGAGAAAAACCUUAUGAAUGUAAUGAGUGUGGCAAAGCCUUUGCAGAAAACAGUACUCUCUUAAGCCAUAAAAGAACACACACUGGAGAGAAACCUUAUGAAUGUAAUGAGUGUGGCAAAGCCUUUGCAGAAAACAGUACUCUCUUAAACCAUAAAAGAACACACACUGGAGAGAAACCUUACGAAUGUAACCAGUGUGGUAAAGCCUUUGCACAAAACAGUCAUCUCAUAAGACAUAAAAGAACACACAUUGGAGAGAAACCUUAUGAAUGUAACCAGUGUGGUAAAGCCUUUGCACAAAACAGUACUCUCUUAAGCCAUAAAAGAACACACACUGGAGAGAAACCUUAUGAAUGUAACCACUGUGGUAAAGCCUUUGCACAAAACAGUACUCUCUUAAGCCAUAAAAGA